CUGGGGACUAGAAUUCCGCUCCUUCAAAACCUCUCUCUUCAGAUUUGCCGCGGUCGAAAUCGUGUCAACGAAACUCGCGAUCCAACUCGUCACGCCGAAAUGGUCGCCAUUCGCCAACUCGAAGCCCUCCACGGCCCCCGAAAAUCAGCGGAACUUCUCAAAUCCGCAACUCUCUAUGUCUCACUGGAACCGUGUAUAAUGUGCAGUUCGGCUAUGUAUCAAUUGGGAAUUCGAAAAAUGGUUUAUGGCGCUGAGAAUCCGAGAUUUGGUGGUGUUCGAAGUGUGGGGGAUCGGGAAAAGUAUAGGAUGAGCAAUGAGAUUGAGGUGAGGCUCCAUAAUAAACCUAAAAUUAAUUUUCAAAAAUUUAAUGUCAAACGCUUAAAAAUCAGCCCAACUUUGAUGAAAAUCCUUUAAUUUUACUGGAAAAUUCAACCUGGAAUUGAAAAUCAAUGAAUAUUGCUGAAAAUUCCCCGAUUUUUCCAGAUAAUUGCUGGAAUUUGGUCUGAAAAAUCGAUCGAAAUGCUCAAAAUCUUCUACGAUAAACAAAAUCCAUUUGCACCGCCCGAAAAACGAAAAAUAAAGAAUAAAACUUGA